AUAAACCUGUGAAAUGCUCUGUAUAACCUGACUGUUAUCAUGAAACCCUCGUUAGUUGUUGCAGCUCUUGCAGCUACCUCUGCAGCUACCUCUGCAGCUAGUUCAACUGUCUCACAAUGGACCAAAGGCCAACGUCACUCUGUCAACUACAACAAGGCACCGCCUAACCUCUCAACACUUGCAAAUUCUAGCUUGUUCGAAACAUGGAGACCUAGAGCCCACGUUCUUCCGCCAUCUGGCCAAAUUGGUGACCCGUGUAUGCACUACACUGAUCCUAGUACAGGACUUUUCCACGUUGGCUGGUUGCACGGUGGUGCUUCUGGGGCCACAACCGAUGACCUUGUCACAUACCGCGACCUGAAUCCUGAUGGACGGCCGUUCAUCGUUGCUGGUGGAGUGAACGAUCCCAUUGCCGUCUUUGAUGGCUCCGUCAUUCCGGCGGGAAUCGAUGGCAAGCCGACUCUACUGUACACCUCGGUCUCAUAUCUGCCCAUCCAAUGGACUAUUCCUUAUACAAGAGGAAGCGAGACCCAGUCUUUAGCAGUUUCCUAUGAUAGUGGUCGCAACUUCACUAAAUUGCGUCAGGGACCAGUUAUCCCUUCUGCGCCCUUCGCUGUUAACGUAACUGGUUUUCGCGACCCCUUCGUUUUUCAAAACGCCAAACUAGACUCUCUCCUCGAAAGCAGCCCACAGACAUGGUAUACCGUCAUCUCAGGAGGCGUCCACGGAGACGGCCCCUCCCAGUUCCUCUACCGCCAACACGAUCCCGACUUCCAAUACUGGGAAUACCUAGGCGAGUGGUGGCAUGAAGCAGCGAACUCGACUUGGGGAAAUGGUGACUGGGCUGGCCAAUGGGGGUUUAACUUUGAAGUAGCUAAUAUAUUCAGCCUUGACAAGAACGGUUAUAACGCCGAGGGUGAAGUCUUCACUACAAUUGGCGCAGAAUGGUCGUUUGAGCCUAUCGUACCGGAGGUCUCGGACUCGAGGCAAAUGCUCUGGGCAGCAGGCAACGUAACUAUUCAAGAUGGGGCGCUCAAGUUCACGCCAACCAUGGCAGGCUUUCUAGACUGGGGUGCGUCGGCAUAUGCUGCUGCUGGGAAAGAAUUACCUGCAGAUACGCAAGCGUCGAUGAAAAGCAAAUCACCCGAUCGGUUCAUAACAUACGUGUGGCUUACUGGGGACUUUUAUGGCACGCACAACUUUCCCACCUUGCAGCAGAAUUGGACUGGCGCGUUGUUGCUUCCCCGAGAGCUAAGUGUCGGAACGAUAUCUAAUGUGGUAGAUAAUGAGCUCUCUCGCGAGACAGGCUCGUGGCGAAUUUCAAGCAGCAACUUGGGCGUCCUUGAGCUCGUUACGCUAAAGCAAGAGAUUGUUCGGGAGACCAUGUCCCAAUUGACGAGCGGCGUAUCGAUAAUUGAGCCCGGCAAGACGCUGGGCUCGUCAGGUCCAGUGGCCUUUCAGCACCGUCCAAAAUCGAAAUUCUACAUCCUAACCGCGUCACUCUCGUUCCCUGCAUCGGCUCGCGGAUCGGACCUGAAGGCUGGUUUCGAGGUCCUGUCCUCAGAGUUCGAGACGACUAGGAUCUACUACCAAUUCUCUAACGAGUCAAUCAUCAUAGACCGCACCAAUUCUAGUGCUGCGUCCUCGACGACGGCCGGGAUCGACGCCCGCAACGAGAGCGGCAAAUUGCGUCUGUUUGAUGUUAUAGAGAACGGCGAAGAGAAGAUAGAGACGUUAGAACUAACUAUCGUCGUUGACAAUUCGAUCGUGGAAGUCCAUGCCAAUAGCAGAUUUGUCAUAAGCACUUGGGCCCGAUCAUGGUAUAAGGCCUCGAAAGAUAUUCGGUUCAUUCAUGACGGGGAAGGGGAGGUGAAGUUCGGAAACAUAAUGAUUCACGAAGGGCUAUUUGAUGCCUGGCCAGAACGUAGUAGAUAGUAUCACGGAAUUAGCAGUGCAAGCCGGUUAUGAAUGGGAAAAUAUGAUUUGUUUUACUUGGGAC